CUUCAGAUGCUUAUUGCCGUCGACAGACAUAAACAUCCGAAUAUUAUUCAAUUUUAUGGGGUCACUAAAGAGACGGUUCUUGAAGAUAUUAAAAAUGUCCAACCGUCUAAUAGUUUAAGGUUAAAACGUCAAAGGACUCUGUCAUUUUUGAAAAAAGUAUUUGCUUCAUCAGAUAAUCUUACUAAAGAUAUUCAAACUCAUAAAGAUGAUCUAUAUAUGUCUAACGAUGAAAUGGUUUGGGGAUGCUCUAAAACAAAUUACGAAAAAGCGAUCAAAACCGGCGACUCUCAAUUUCGAAUAAAGGAUAUAGAAGUUUUUCAAUAUUCUCCGAUUGAACCGAAUAGAAAUGCAUUGGAAGCAGAGGAAAAUAUUUGGGCAAUUUCAAGCAUGCCAUACCCCAUAGAUAUAAUGGGUCUCCCUUACAUGAUGAAUAAUAACGACCAAAUACUAAACGAAGACGUUAAUAGAGACCCUGCGAUAGAUGAAAGCAAUAAUAGCGACCUAGUGCCAGGCGAAGACAUUCCGCCGAUUACUAGGGAGAGAAUCAUUUCUGCAUUUUCAGGAUUGGGAUUUAACAUAAAUAAUAUAAUUGGGGCUGGGAUUUUUGUGACCCCUACUAGCAUAUGGAAACUAGUACAAUCCCCAGGAAAAGCCUUAAUACUUUGGAUUGUUGGUGGUCUUAUAAGCCUGUUUGGUAGUAUGAUCUAUGUCGAGUUGGGACUCAAAUUUCCUAGAGGGUCAGGGGAGCAAAAAUAUCUUGAAGAAACGUUCGAAGGACAUAAUUUUGGGCAUAUAUUCAGUUUUGUUAUGAUCACUAUUAUCCUUCCUGGGGCAAUUAUAGCAGAUUCUUACGCUUCCUCUACAUAUCUUCUCUAUGCAAUUAAAGGAAAAUAUGGAGAUGUCGAUAAAUAUUUUGGCAUAGAUUAUAUAGAGUCGCGGUUUACAGCAAUCGCUAUUUUGCUAAUUAUCACCGCAUAUCACAUGUAUUCCAAUAAAUUAGCAAUCAAAAUUAAUAAUGCGUUUGCCAUUAUUAAAUUUUCUAUCCUGAUUAUCAUAUCAAUAGUUGGAUUAAUAAUGUUAAAAGAAACUGAUUCCAAAAAUCAUUGGACUGACAUUUUCAAUAAUAUAAAAUCAGAAGAUGCACCUAUUUUACAACAGAUUGGAAAUUAUGUUAAUGCUAUGUUAAAAGAAUUAAAGACUCCAGCCAAUGCAUUAAUGCCUGAAAGCCAAAAAUUGAAAUAUUCAACUAUUUCUAGUGUGAUCAUUUCUCUUAUACUUUAUCCAUUAACUCAAAUUGCUUUUAUAACGGUUGUCGACCCUAAACAAGCUAUUCCCCCUGAUGAAAGUAUUGCUAUAGUUUUUGGGCGCACUAUACUUGGUGAACCCGGAAGAAUAAUUAUUUCAUUAUUUAUCUUAAUUUCUUCUUGUGGAUGUGUGGGUUCAUUGGUUUUUAUGUAA